AUGGAGACCUUGAUGCUACGAGCUGAUAUCAGAGAAGAUGCUGAAGCCACUAUGUCUCGAUUCUUAGGAGGGUUGAACAGAGAGAUUCAAGACAAGCUAGAGAUGCAGCAAUAUGAGGAAUUAGAAGAUAUGUUGCACAAAGCUAUCCUCAUAGAACAACAACUCAAGAAAAGAAGCACCAAAACCGCUUAUGGAGUUGGGACAAUACCUAUUAAACCGAGGGAUGAUGGUGAAUGGGAAUCAACAGCUGAAUCUGAAGCCGAGUCUCAUUCUGAUCAUGAAGAGCUGCCGGCUCAAGGUUCCUUACUUGUAUCAAGAAGAUCUCUAAGUGUUCAAGCCAAAGCCAUGGAAGAGGAGCAGAGAGAGAACCUAUUUCAUAGCCGAUUUCUUGUGCAAGGAAAAGUUUUUAGCCUCAUCAUAGAUGGAGGCAGCUGCACAAAUGUAGCAAUUCAAGAGAUGGUCAACAGCCAAGUCAUGGUUCCUAUUACCAUUGGAGGAUAUGAAGACGAGAUACAGUGCAGAAAUACUACCCUCAUACCUUUGACACCUCAAGAAGUCUACCAGGAUCAAAUGCAGCUAAAGAAAAAGACAAAACCGCCUACUAAAGCGUCUAACUUCUACUUAAAGGCUGGUGAUGUCAAAAGAUCUCUUAACUAUAAUCAACCGUUUCUUUUAUUUGUGUUUAAAGAGGCUCUCACCAACAUGACUAACCUCACACCAGUUUUUCCGAGUAAGAUUCAAACUCUUUUGCAGGAAUACAAUGAUGUCUUCCCCGAAGAUAAUCCUAAAGAAACCAAUCCGGUUGAGACAAAGGAGUUACAAAGACAAGUUGAUGAACUAAUGGAGAAAGGACACAUUAGAGAAAGCAUGAGUCCUUGUGCAGUACCGGUUCUGCUUGUGUCCAAGAAGGAUGGGAGCUGGCGAAUAGCAUUCAUAGGGAUCUUUGUAGUUGUCUAUUUCGAUGAUAUCCUCGUUUAUAGCAAGAAUCUAGAUGAGCAUGUAAUGCACUUGAGAACUGUUCUAGAUGAGCUAAGAAAGGAAAAACUAUAUGCCAAUCUAAAGAAAUGCACCUUUGGAACAGAUAACCUUGUCUUUUUAGGUUUUGUUGUAACUGCAGAUGGCAUUAAGGUGGAUGAAGAUAAAUCAAGGCUAUCAAAGACUGGCCAACCCCUAAAACUGUCGGUGAAGUUAGGAAUUUUCAUGGCCUGUAUAGGAAUCGGAGCCGUGCUGAUGCAGGACAAGAAACUGAUUGCUUUCUUUAGUGAAAAGCUUGGAGGAGCCACCCUCAAUUACCCAACCUACGACAAAGAGCUGUAUGCUUUGGUCAGAGAUUUACAAACAUGGCAACAUUACUUGUGGCCUAAGGAGUUUGGCAUUCAUACUGAUCAUGAAUCCUUCAAGCAUCUAAAAGGGCAGCAAAAGCUUAAUAAGAGACACACAAGGUGGGUUGAGUUCAUUGAGACCUUUCCUUAUGUCAUCAAAUACAAGAAAGGUAAGGACAAUGUAGUUGCUGAUGCAUUUUCUCGAAGACAUGAUACGAGCAUGGACGAGGUGCGAACUGAGGGUCAGGCCGGAGAACUAGUUCAGGUCCGGAACCAAGACCAAUUGGCCGACCUAAGCGAAGUGGAGGUUCAGGACGGAAAGCCAGACGAAGUGGACGACCCAAGUGCGGAUUUAUUCGAGCUCACUGGUCCAAUAACGCGGUCUCGGGCCAAGAAGUUAGCUAUGGCCGUUUGGAGGUUAUGCACCGAGCUGAAGGCCAAGUUUACGGACGCUACACUAAACAACCGAGCUGUAACGCUUUUAACCUACUCGGACGGUGUAGCUCCUUAA